CUGCUCGGCGCGGUGGGAGGGGACAACCCAGAACCAACCGGACUCAUUUGUGCCGUCACACAAGGCAAUGCUGGAGGCAGACCGUCCGCUGGUUCCGAUGAAAGGAAGAAGUGGAGCGUAACUCGGGGCUGUCCAUGCUCUCACAUGCGCUCGCGCCAGACGUCCUCCAGAUAAACUCGGCGCUCACACUCAUCCUCCGCGGAGCUGCGUUGACACAUUGUGAAACACACAGCGGGGACGCGUAUAGAGGGAGAAAGAUGUUAAUGAAGGAGUACAGGAUAUGCAUGCCCCUCACUGUAGAGGAGUACCGGAUCGGACAGCUGUACAUGAUCAGUAAACACAGCCAUGAGCAGAGCGAUCGGGGAGAAGGGGUGGAGGUGGUUCAAAACGAACCCUUUGAAGACCCGGUUCACGGCCAAGGACAGUUCACAGAGAAACGAGUCUACCUCAACAGUAAAUUACCCAGCUGGGCUCGGGCAGUGGUUCCUAAAAUCUUCUAUGUCACAGAGAAGGCCUGGAACUACUACCCCUACACCAUAACGGAAUAUACUUGCUCAUUUCUGCCCAAGUUCUCCAUCCACAUAGAGACGAAAUAUGAGGACAACAAAGGCAGCAAUGACAAUAUCUUUGACACCGAGCUGAAGGACCAGGAGAGGGAGAUUUGCUUCGUCGACAUCGCCUACGACGAAAUCCCCGAUCGCUACUAUAAGGAGUCUGAGGACUUGCGAUAUUUCCAGUCAGAAAAGACAAAGCGGGGCAUACUGCAGGAAGGCUGGAGGGACACACAGGACCCCAUCAUGUGCUCCUACAAACUGGUCACAGUCAAGUUUGAAGUGUGGGGUCUGCAGACCCGAGUGGAGCAGUUCGUACACAAGGUGGUCAGAGAUGUGCUGCUGCUGGGACACAGGCAGGCGUUUGCUUGGGUUGACGAGUGGAUAGACAUGACAAUGGAUGAGGUGAGAGAGUUUGAGCGCUAUAUUCAGGAGGCCACCAACCAGAAGAUUGGGGUGUUUCCCCCAUCCAUCUCCAUAAGCGAGACUCCCCUGUCCUCCUGCGCCCUAACCGGCCCUGCCAGCGCCCCCACAACCCCAAUGUGCACGGAUGCACCCGAAUCCCUCUCUGUUCCCAAAGACCGGCCUCGUAAGAAGUCUGCCCCCGAAACGCUGACCCUCCCCGAGCCCGUUCCCAGCGAAGCCGCACAGGGCUCUGCCUUGGACCAGUCACCCAUUUCCAACCAUCUCCAGUCCUCCACGCCGCCUUCCGACUCUGACCUCGCUGAAUUGGGCGAGCCGUAGAGCAGAGGAAUGUCUUCCCCUAACCCCUGUUAUAUACUCGUUCUUCUUUACCCGUUGUCUUAUGAGCCCAAUGAGGUUGCUCUUGCCUCCAAGCACCAGUGCCCUGAAAUUCAACUUCUUUAGCCAUAUCCAAUGAUUCGCCAUAAUGUUUAACACACACCAAUCACUCAAGAAGUCUUCAUUAAUGCCACUGAUACCACCCAGGCAGCUGUAGGCUUGGUCACCCUGACGUGGCUGAGCGCGAGUCAAGCGAGCCAGAUGUCAGAUUUUUUCUAACAAACACAUUUAAUGCUUCUUGAAAGCAAACAGUUUUUUUUUUGUUUAGUGGCAGUUGUUUUUGUAAAUAAAUCCUUUUCAUUGUUUCCGUAGUUACGUUUUCUUCAAUCAGACUAGAUGGCCACGAGUUAUUGCAUUUUUGAAGUAGUUGCCUUGACACCACAGAGCCAGUGGAGAUUCAGUUCGGAUCAGUUUAUCUGUUAGUAUUUUGCAUGAGAGCUGAAGGCGUGAUAGAAAUAGGCUCGAUGAUUCAAACUGGAAGAGCACAGUAGAAGUAGAACAACGCUGGAGAGGCAGUCAAGUACUUUCACAAUAGAUCCCACGAACGUGUUUCUGUAGCCGGUCGGCCUGGUGUGUGGAUCAGAUUGUACUCCUUAUUUCCUCUCCAAACUGAAAAAAAAAAAAUGCAAAAUACGUACAAUCAUGAAGAUAAUACACCUCAGGUUUCCCCAAACUCUACCUGGUUCGCCAUCCAAAGGCAAGGAUGCUGUUGUACCCAAUCCUCCCUGCUCUAUUGCCAAACCUGCAUUUUAUACCUCCAGAGAUGUUAUAAUAAUAAUAAUAUUAAUAAUAAAAAGAAAACAUUAUAUAUAGUAAAGCAGUCUACUUAAACCUGGGAAUGUUUACACAUCUUAGACGUUUUAAAUGAAGCUGUAUGUGCAGUCGCAGUUUGAAGUAGGAAGUUUUAAGCUUGCAAAGCUGAAUUGGCCGGGUCAGUUACCGCGUCCUCAUCAUCUUACUGAAGCUGAUUCAGAGAUCAGUAUCAGCAGAACUACAUGGUAUUUACAAAGUCAGAUGUUGCCUGAAACUAUUGCUGGAUAUCUUGUGAUAUAAAUGUGAUCCACCUAAACGAAAUCAGUCAAAUUACUUAUGUCACAUGUUGGGAAUACGUAAUUAUGGGUGAGCUUUGAGCGACAGACCCUCGUGCACAGCGGAGAAGAUGAAAGGUCAGUGCUAAAUUUGAGAAGAAGGGCACAUGUGUCAAGCUGACUUGAGUAUGUGCUUCAUUAUGGUGCACAGUGGGUGAAGAUUUUAAUUUGUCAGCCCAGAUUGGUAAAGGAAAGCCAGUGCUUUUAGGAGAAUUGAAAACAUAAUUUGCAGAGAGCCGUGUUUAUUUUAGGCUUAUAUUAACGGAGAAACGAAAGAUGGAUUCAAUGUAUUCUCUAAUGGAGAACGACGUUUUCCAACCAAUAUUAUUCAAAGCAAGGGUUUUAUAUGCUGCAUGGGAUGUUCACAACUUGUUAUACAAAAUAUAUGAUGUGUAAUAUACUGUAUAUGGAUGGAUUGUUACAGUAUAUGAAACAAUGUAAUUAUGAAGAAAAAAGAACCCUAAAUGCUUCCAUUGGAAGUAUGAACUAAUUUUGUACAGUAGAAAAUCAGAUUUCGACUGAAAUGUAAGCAUGUCCAGAGUAUUUACUGUAGGCCUAUAAACCUUUUGAACUCAGUGCCUCUGCAUGCUGCAAUUUUAUCAUCAACUUCCUGUGUGUACAUUCAAAAUGUAUUAGUUCAGCUCAAAAAAAAAAGAUAAAUUUCACCACUUUUUUCUAAAAUGAUUUUUAGCACAAUGAGAACAGUUUAGUCCCACAUAAGAAAGCCUAGCUAUAAUAUCAAAUUUACACCUCUGGUGAAAGGUUUACGUGGACUCACUGUAGGCAUCAAUGUCUAACAUUUUGGAUUUUUAAUCACAUAUCCGAACUGCUUCAUUCAUAUAUAUAUAAAAUCUUCAAUGGCUGUCACAAACAAUAUUUGGAUGCACAAGUUUAAAUUAUUAAGCGAUUGAGAAGUUACACGUGCAGAAUUGGACAUACAGUACAUGCUGACGAAAUUUCACUAAUUAAGGCUACUUAAUGGAUAUUCUCUGGGCAGGAGAAGACCAACAUUUUUUAAUGAUAUAUUUUGAAUUAACAUGAAUCAUAUAAUCUCACACACAAACACAAAGAAAUCUUAGUAUGAACAAAUGAUAAUUACAGUUAUCCAUACUCUGAAAUGGAAAGUUCGGUUAAAAAAGGGUCUUGCUCAUCGUGGCAAUUUGCAGGGAAUCAAACCAGGUAACUGGCUGCAGGCUUCUCAGAACACAAGUGUGCUGCUCUAAUCACCUUUUUGACAAAUUGUGAUUUAGUCACAGAUAUUUUCCCUUAGAGAUCAGACAGUAGAGAAGUUAUCCCACUUCAGUCGAUUGCUACAAAACAUAUGAAUUCAAGGUAGAAUUUGCUUAGGGAAAUGCAUAUGAAAAAAAUAACAGCAGGGCUUUAUAAAUUCAAACUUGUGCAAUUCUUAUUUUAAAAAUCAUUGAAGUUGUUUGCUGUAACCUGGUAAAAAAGAGUCCUGAAUUUGUAUGACACUUAUGCCUACGAGGAGUCAGUGUAAAGGUCUCACCAGAAUGACAUUGUUACCUCUAUCCCCACAGUGGCUGCAAAGAUUUGCUUCCCCUCUAGUAGCUGAAGCUCUGGGUCUCUGUUUUUGUAUUACAUUCCCUCCACUGUAGCCUGGUUAUCCUUUACAGUUUGAAUAAAUCCCCACAUUACAAAUGUUUCCUUUUUGUUGUGGCGCUUGUGAACUAUCUUGGAUCCUCUUUCCUAAAAGCCCCCCCUCCUACUUCAGUUUUCUCCUGGGCUUUUGAGUUUAACCGUCCCAACAAAGUUCAAGUACUGCCACUGCAAACAAGACGCAGAGGGGUGUAACUCGAACCUUUGAAACUGUAAAACCAGAUUUUCAAGCGACGGGGCUAAAUCGCUGUGUUUUUCAUUCAGUUACUGACGCUGGUGUAGAUUCUCAAGUCACCCAGGUCAUGAUAAUCCUAAAUGCUUACAUUCAAGGCAACUGGACUUCUUCUGUUGUUUAUUGUCCCGUUGAGCUAAAUAGAGGGUAAGGCCAGUGUCCUAAUUGCCCCUUUAGUGACUUCAGUGGCACUAUUAGUGCUGCGACUACAACUUAUAGCCUGUUGCUUCCAACCAUGUUCAGAACUGAAGAGGCCUUUUGAAUGAGGUUAAACAUCUUCAAGAAACAAACAAAGGAGUCCAGUUACCUUUUACGUCGUCACUUAUGAUUCAAUUACUGACAUUACACCGAUGCAUUCUGCACUUUCCAGUCUUUGACACCUCAAUUGACAAUAAAGGAAUGUGUUUAUUACUGUGUUGUGGGUUUGGUGGUCCAAAAUCCCCUCAUGCAGCACAGUGACUUUGAAGAGACGGGCUUGAAGAGAAAAUAUUCAGUUGUCUUACCAUAUUAUAGCGUCGAUAAUUUGUAGAGAUUCUCAUUUAGAUUUAGAGAAAAUUUAAACUGUAGCUAUUUAUUUGUAACUGUAGCUUUUGUCUUUGCGUUUUCAAGAUGAAAAGAAAAAUUCUACAUACCAGUCAUUGGCUGUCUGUAUAUGUCUAUUUUAUAUAGAGUCUAGAUGCUUACUAGUCUGGUAUUGACCACCUCUCUUGUCAGGAACACAGCGAUCCAGGGACAUAUUUGAUCCACCGUGGGCUAUUAAAAUAAUGCAAAGUGUAUGUGGACCGUUAAUCUCUGCUCUGUUUAAAAGAGUAACCCGAUAGCUCUUGUAAAUACAGCUGUUAAUGAUUGAUAUUGUAGACUUCUUAUGUUGGGCCUGCUCUGAGUUUCAUUACUGGCGUGCCAUGAUUGUGCCGACGGACUGACAAUGGACGAGGUCGUUCUUUUUUUGUGUGGUGAGGGUUUGUGAUUCCUUCACAGACAUGAACUAAAUGGUUUCAUUUGAGUCGGGCUUAAUAUGUUUUUAUCUAUGACGUUUCUAUUGAACAUUUUGAUUUUAGUUGAGUUAAAAAUGUUUUUUUUCUUCUGUUUAAAUAUCAAGAUUGUAGUGGUGCAGUUUUUGCUCUCCAGUUGCUUCUAAUGAACCCCAUAGGGGUAUAUAAUUUUCUAAGUUGUAAAGCAAAGCGAUGCUUUGCAUUUUAGUGAUGUGGCUGCUUUGUCGUUUAGCCGCCUUGUUAAUUUUAAGGCGAAUUCUUUUUUUCUCUUUUCUUUUAAAUAGUAAACUUUGCUGUUAUUUGAUUUUGUGAACGCUGUAAUGCAUUUCAUUCCUCUUCACCUCCCGAUUCGGUUUGCAUUCAGACGAGCUGUCUCCUGCUAUCUGGAAUCUGUCUCAUGAACUUUGAACACGUCUGACUUAAAGCUCAUCUCAGUGUUGGCUGAUUAUUCAGGUGCACUUCGAGUCGAUCCUGCUUUGUGAAACAGACCCCAGAAGUGCCAUUCCUGUUUAGCUGCUGAAGGUUGCUCUUUGUUCUUCCACUCGGAAUAUUGUAUUGUACUUGGUAUAUUUUUACUGCCCUUUUGAGGUUUAUUUGGUUCUUUGUUGUAAUUAUUGUUUAACAGUUUUCUUAAACGGAUAAAUAAACUUUAUUAGCUAUUG